UGGCUGAUUACUAAGGGUGGGGCCCCUCCAGACAGGGGUUUGGGAACUCAAGAGUGCUGUCUUCUGCCCUCCUUCACCCAGCAACAGCCCAACUGGACUGAGAUCGUGAACAAAAAGCUCAAGUUCCCACCCACGCUCCUUCGGGCCAUCCAGGAGGGCCAGCUCGGCCUGGUGCAGCAGCUGCUGGAGUCUGGCUCUGAUGUGGCAAGUUCGGGGCCAGGGGGGCCUCUGCGGAAUGUGGAAGAGUCUGAGGACCGUUCCUGGAGGGAAGCUCUCAAUCUGGCCAUCCGCCUGGGCCAUGAGGCCAUCACUGAUGUGCUGCUGGCCAACGUCAAGUUCGACUUCCGGCAGAUCCACGAAGCCCUGCUGGUGGCCGUGGACACAAACCAGCCAGCGGUGGUACGUCGCCUGCUCGCUCGGCUGGAACGGGAGAAGGGCCGGAAGGUAGACACCAAGUCUUUCUCUCUAGCCUUCUUUGACUCGUCCAUCGAUGGUUCCCGCUUUGCCCCUGGUGUCACUCCACUCACACUGGCCUGCCAGAAGGACCUGUAUGAGAUUGCCCAGCUGCUCAUGGACCAGGGCCACACCAUUGCCCGGCCCCACCCAGUUUCCUGUGCCUGCCUUGAGUGCAGCAAUGCCCGCCGAUAUGACCUGCUGAAGUUCUCACUGUCCCGAAUCAACACUUACCGAGGCAUUGCAAGCCGGGCACACCUCUCACUGGCCAGUGAGGAUGCCAUGCUGGCGGCCUUUCAGCUCAGCCGGGAGCUCAGGCGCCUUGCACGAAAGGAGCCUGAGUUUAAGCCUCAGUACAUUGCCCUGGAGUCACUCUGCCAGGACUAUGGCUUUGAACUGCUAGGCAUGUGCCGGAAUCAGAGUGAGGUGACUGCAGUGCUCAAUGACCUGGGAGAGGAUAGUGAGACAGAGCCUGAUGCCGAUGGCCUGGGCCAGGCCUUUGAAGAGGGCAUCCCCAACCUGGCAAGACUGCGGUUGGCUGUCAACUACAACCAGAAGCAGUUUGUAGCACACCCCAUCUGCCAGCAAGUUCUGUCCUCCAUCUGGUGUGGGAACCUGGCUGGCUGGCGUGGAAGCACCACCAUCUGGAAGCUCUUUGUCGCCUUUCUCAUCUUCCUUACCAUGCCCUUCCUCUGCAUUGGCUACUGGCUGGCACCCAAGUCCCGGCUCGGCCGCCUCCUGAAGAUCCCAGUGUUGAAGUUCCUGCUGCAUUCUGCCUCCUAUCUGUGGUUCCUUAUCUUCUUGCUGGGAGAGUCCCUGGUCAUGGAGACUCAGCUGAACACCUUCAAAGGCCGCAGCCAGAGUGUCUGGGAGACUUCGCUACAUAUGAUUUGGGUCACAGGCUUCCUGUGGUUUGAGUGUAAGGAGGUGUGGAUCGAGGGCUUACGAAGCUACCUCCUGGACUGGUGGAACUUCCUGGACGUGGUCAUCCUGUCGCUGUACCUGGCGUCCUUUGCGCUGCGCCUCCUCCUGGCUGGGCUUGCCUACCUGCACUGCCGGGAUGCGGCCCACAGCACCACGUGCCGCUACUUCACCACCGCUGAGAGAAGCGAGUGGCGCACAGAGGACCCCCAGUUCUUGGCCGAGGUGCUCUUUGCCGUUACCAGCAUGCUCAGCUUCACCCGGCUGGCUUACAUUCUGCCAGCUCACGAGUCGCUGGGCACUCUGCAGAUUUCCAUUGGCAGGAUGAUAGACGACAUGAUCCGGUUCAUGUUCAUCCUCAUGAUCAUCCUGACUGCCUUCCUCUGUGGCCUCAACAACAUCUAUGUGCCCUACCAGGAGACAGAGCAGCUCGGCAAUUUCAACGAGACGUUCCAGUUUCUGUUCUGGACCAUGUUCGGCAUGGAGGAGCACAAGGUGGUGGACAUGCCCCAGUUCCUCGUGCCUGAGUUCGUGGGCCGGGCCAUGUACGGCAUCUUCACCAUCGUCAUGGUCAUCGUGCUUCUCAACAUGCUCAUUGCCAUGAUCACCAACUCCUUCCAGAAAAUCGAGGACGACGCUGAUGUGGAGUGGAAGUUUGCUCGCUCCAAACUCUACCUGUCCUACUUCCGAGAGGGCCUGACGCUGCCUGUGCCCUUCAACAUCCUGCCCUCCCCGAAGGCUGCCUUCUACCUCCUCAGGAGAAUAUUCCGGUUCAUUUGCUGUUGCUCCUCCUGCUGCAAAGACAAGAAGUCGGACUACCCUCCAAUUCCAACCUUUACCAACGCUGGGGCAAGCACAGGGCCUGGGGAAGGAGAGCGUGGGUCCUACCGCCUCCGAGUUAUCAAGGCUCUGGUGCAGCGGUACAUAGAUACUGCCCGGCGGGAGUUUGAGGAGACCCGUCGGAAAGACCUGGGCAACAGACUGACAGAGCUGACCAAGACUGUGUCUCGGCUGCAAAGCGAGGUGGCCAGUGUGCAGAAGACUCUGGCGGCAGGAGGGACGCCGCGGCCUCCCGACGGAGCCAGCAUCCUCAGCCGCUACAUCACCCGAGUGCGCAACAGCUUCCAGAACCUGGGCCCCCCCGCGCCCGAGACUCCAGCAGAGCUAACCAUGCCUGGGAUUGUGGAGACCGAAGUCUCUGUAGAACCUGGCCUUGAUGCUGCAGGAGAGGCUGGGACUCCAACUCCCAGAGGGUCCAGGCCCUCCUCCCCUGCACAUGUGCUGGUGCACAGGGAACAAGAAGCAGAGGGGGCAGGGGACUUGCCCCUGGAGGAAGGUCUGGAGACCCAGGGCAAGUCCUGAUGCAGCGGAGUUAUGUCACUGAGUGCAGCCAGCUAGUUGGGUAGAACCAGGGUCUUGAAGUAGAAGAAGGCAAUAAAAUUUGCCUUGGAAGUCA